CCCCUCAGUGUUGUCAGGCAAAAUAUAAGACAGCAGUAAGAGCAGAGAUCUGCAAUAGAUAAACACACAGACCCACACACACCAGCUGGCUGGCUUGUUCGCAGACACGCAGCGCGAGCGUCGAGAGGCAGACAAGCGCUGAACGAACCGGGGACGGCUGCGUGUUAGAUUCCUCUGCCAUCUUUAUUUCCAACGGGCUCAUUGUCCUCUAUCGUUUCAGCGACUGCGAGGUGGGGAGAGAAAGGCAGGUGUGCCCUUUAAGAGGGGGAGCAGCUGAGGCAAGGACAGCAUCCGAGUCUCCAUCCUCUGUGGAGGUUGUGUAAUUCUGACGCGAGGGAGAGGGAGAGGGAGAGAGGCGGUCUGUGAACGCUCCCUGGUUUUCUGUUCUGUUCCUUCCACCUGGAAACAGGCUGCGAUGGUUGGCAGUAGUCAAAGGCCCAAACCUGUCUGAGAGAGCCCUAUGAACAGCAGACCCAAUGGACAUCAAAGGCCAAUGUUGGACAGACGAGGAGUCGGACGGGGAAAACGAAUCGGAACAGUUCUUGUACGGCAUUCAGUGCUGCUUGUUGCAGGGGAGCUGUGCGGCCGACCUGUACCGCCAUCCUCAGCUGGAUGCAGACAUUGAAGCUGUAAAAGACAUCUACACUGACAGUGCCGUCUCUGUCAGGGAGUAUGGAACUAUUGAUGACGUGGACAUCGAUCUUCAUAUUAACAUCGGUUUCUUAGAUGAGGAGGUUGCAACAGCUUGGAAAGUUAUCAGAACAGAGCCCAUUAUUCUGAGACUGCGCUUUUCUCUUUCCCAGUACCUCGAUGGACCCGAGCCGUCAGUAGAAGUGUUCCAGCCCUCCAAUAAAGAAGGCUUCAGCCUGGGCUUGCAACUGAAAAAGAUCCUGAGCACAUUCACCUCGCAGCAGUGGAAGCACCUCAGUAAUGAGUUCCUCAAGGCCCAGCAGGAGAAGAGGCACAGCUGGUUCAAAGCCGGAGGAACCAUCAAGAAGUUCCGCGCAGGGCUCAGCAUCUUCUCCCCCAUCCCUAAGUCUCCAAGUUUCCCCCUGAUCCAAGACACGGUUUUGAAAGGGAAGCUCAGUGUGCCUGAGCUGAGAGUGACGCGCCUGAUGAACCGUUCUAUCUCGUGCACCAUGAAGAACCCCAAAGGGGAGCUCUUCAGCUACCCGCCAAACAGUCAGACUGUGGCUGUCCCGGCGGCCAGGGCCCCAGCGCAGAUUACCACGAGGCAGCUGAUUGAAUUGUUUUUCUCAUCCCAGGCGGGCGGACACUGCAAGAACAUCCCCACCUUGGAGUACGGCUUCUUAGUGCAGAUAAUGAAGUAUUCAGAACAGAGGAUUCCCACGCUGAACGAGUACUGCGUGGUCUGUGACGAACAGCACGUCUUCCAGAACGGAUCCAUGCUGAAGCCGGCUGUAUGCACCAGGGAGUUGUGUGUGUUCUCCUUUUACACUCUGGGUGUGAUGUCCGGAGCGGCAGAGGAAGUGGCCACUGGAGCGGAGGUGGUGGAUCUGCUGGUCGCGAUGUGUCGAGCUGCUCUCGAGUCUCCUCGCAAGAGCAUCAUUUUUGAGCCCUACCCAUCUGUUGUCGAUCCCAAUGACCCAAAAACUCUGGCCUUCAACCCAAAGAAGAAGAAUUAUGAGAGACUGCAGAAAGCACUCGAUAGUGUUAUGUCCAUCCGGGAGAUGACACAGGGUUCGUAUCUGGAGAUUAAGAAACAGAUGGACAAACUGGACCCUUUGGCCCAUCCUCUGCUGCAAUGGAUUAUAUCCAGUAACAGGUCUCAUAUCGUCAAGCUGCCACUCAGUAGGCAACUGAAAUUCAUGCACACCUCCCACCAGUUCCUGCUGCUCAGCAGCCCCCCAGCCAAGGAAGCUCGUUUCCGCACUGCCAAAAAGCUCUACGGCAGCACCUUCGCCUUCCAUGGUUCCCAUAUAGAGAACUGGCACUCUGUUCUGAGAAAUGGACUAGUCAAUGCCUCUUAUACCAAACUGCAGCUGCAUGGGGCAGCAUAUGGAAAGGGCAUCUAUCUGAGCCCCAUCUCCAGCAUAUCUUUUGGAUACUCAGGAAUGGGGAAAGGACAGCACCGCAUGCCCACCAAAGAUGAGCUAGUGCAGCGUUACAACCGCAUGAACACCAUACCACAGAGCCGUCCGAUACAAUCAAGGUUUCUUCAGAGUCGAAACUUGAACUGUAUCGCUCUUUGCGAAGUUAUAACAUCAAAGGACCUGCAGAAACACGGUAACAUCUGGGUGUGUCCUGUAUCCGACCACGUCUGUACUCGCUUCUUCUUCGUGUAUGAAGACGGCCAAGUAGGAGAUGCCAACAUCAACACCCAGGAGCCUAAGGUGCAGAAGGAGAUCAUGCGUGUGAUUGGGACCCAGAUCUACUCCAGCUAAUGGAGGUCCACCAAGUGGCGCUGGGAUCCAUACGUCUCUUUGAUGGAGGCAUGCGGGCAGGCAGGCAGUUUCGAUCGAAUGUUUGGGCGAGCUGUCCUCAGGCCUGAUACUGAAGGAUGAGGGAGCUCUUGAGCACAUUUUUUUCUGAAGUGGUUUUGUUCUGGUCUCUUUGUUUGCCCCCCUCUCGCUCUCUCUCUCUCUCUAUCUCUCUCUCUCCCCUUCAUUCCUCGAUUACUCAUUAACGGUUUACCCUUCAGUCUAGCUUUUCUCAUGCCAACUACAGAAUAUAAAGGAAAAAAAAGGAGUCACUGGGAUUGCUAUCGACACACACGCAUACAUACACUUUUCUUAUCCUGCAUUUAAUGUGCUUUCUCCAUUUUUUAAAUGCACUUUUACCAUUUUUUUCACACUAAUUAUUCCCAUUUUCAUUGUUAAUAUCAAGUAAAAUAUAUAUAUAUGUGUUUAUCAUUCAAUAUAACGGAUCCCUUCCUGGUGAAAACAUUAACGUUUAUUUCAUUUUUUUUUUUUUUGUCAAAGUCAUUAUCUCCCAUCGCUUUCUGAAAACAAGGUCUGCUACAUGGUUAUCUGAGGGACAAACUUUGUUCUGUUUUGUUUUUGUCCUUGUCCACUGGAUGGAGCGCCCUGAAUCUAAUAAGCGAGGUGUGGCUUGAAUUCAAGUUACUUACACUGUAAGCACUUUGUUUUAUACGAAGAUAAUGUAAAAUCCAUCCGUUGUUGUAUUCUGAUUAUGAUUUGUCUUCGCAGAACUAGAAGGAGUUGAUCUUUUAUGUAUCACUACACCUUACAGCCCCCAGUUGUCUCAGAUGGUGGGAAUUACAUUAAAGGAUUGAUCAGAGAGGACGAACACUGCAAGUUUCAUGAGAACAAGAGUCAUCAAGUUUUAUUAUGAGAUCCAGUCAGUAAAUUUCUUUUCAUUUACAUUUUAUUUAAGGGGAACAAGUUUAAGCAUUGCUACACAAAACUACUGAGGUUGGUUUUUUUUCUAAACCAUCAAACCGUAGGGAUUGCCUCUCUUUCUUUAACCUUCACUUCACAAACGUGAGAACAUGAUAUUUAGUCAUUUUCAUCAACUCCAGCAUUUUCCAGCUUUUGUCUUUGCAGCUAAGUUGAAGGCUCAUUAGAUCUGUAGUCCACGAACGCUAACAAAACAUUUCCUUGGAGUGUAUCCAGACUCGGUUUCUCUUCUCGCAGGUUUUAAAAAUUUUGCAACUGAUGAUGUCAGGCUGAAGCUUAAAAUGUGUCCAAAUAGCAAUAUGAAUAUAUAUUAAUAUCUUUUCACCUACUGAAAUAAAAAGAGUCAAUUUGAUGAAAAAAAAAACAAAAAAAACAAGGUGACCAAUAUAUUCAUAUAAUUUGUCAUUUGCCAUGUUUUUUAAGUAGCCUUCACUACUUGAAAGUCCAGCGGUAAAACAGUAAAAAUGGUCCUUUUUGUUUCUAAUUUACACCACUGCCACAUUUACAGACAAAAUCUACUGUACAGAGAAUCAUGGACAACGUUUCCCCAAACUAUUCACAGGCGGUUAUCCAGUCCAGGUGAGCUCACACUUCAAAUGAACGCUGAGCGCCUCAGAGUUGUUUUAACCUGCAACUGUUGGGUCUCACCUUGGAGAAUGGCAACCUUGUAUAGCUAAUCAAAUUUAUCAGUUAGUCAUGUACUGUAUGUAUGUAUGUAUGUAUGUAUGUAUGUAUGUUUGUGUGGCUUUGUAUUUUCUUGACAUUAUACUAGACAUUGCACUUACUCAACAUUUGCCUAAACUGGAGAAAAUGACUGUCCUCUGACCUGCGGUCAACAGGUAGGAGAAGAAAAACGGAUAAAAAUGAGUAUUUAUGGAGCUGGCAGGACUAUAAUAUCCAACACCCUAACUAAGUCUGUACUGAGAUGGACUGUCAUUGUCUCCCGGAGCUGAAAUUCAGACUGCUGAAUGGACUUUGAGGCUCUGAAAAGAAAAAGAAAAAAUGUAAAUAAGGACAUUGGAGAUUAUGUAGAAAUGUACUACUCAGACACGGAUGGACUUGUGCGGCUGACCCUUUGCAUUGUGGGACUCUGCCGACAACGGAUACCUGUUUUUCUUUUUCUUUUUCUUUUGUUUUUUGUCAAGAGGGUUUGAGCUGUGAGUCACUGUGAGAGUCCGUUCUCUCGCUGUCUCUGUCCGGUGACUGAUGUUUUUCAAAGAAGAUGUUGACGACAAUGAUGGUGAUUACGAUGCAGAUAAGAGGCGGCGAUGCAGCAGAAAAGACAAAAACAGAAUAAAGCCUGAUUUUGCACAGUUUUA